GAUUUGGCGGCGGCGGCCCCGCGGCGGGCGGUGCUGUCGGACUCGGUGUGGCGAACCGACGGGACGGCUGCGCGGCCGCCUCCCUCCUCCCCGCCUUCCUCCCCGGGCCGCCGGCGGCUCGGAGCUGCCCUUACGUCCGGAGCGGCGCGGAUGGAGCCGCCGUGCCCGGCUUGAGCGCCUCGGCGGGACCAGGAGCCGCUCCGCCGAGCUCGGGCGGGCGGGCGCAGCAUGGUGGAGUAUAUUGUGGAGUAUGACUAUGAUGCAGUGCAUGAUGAUGAGCUAACCAUCCGAGUUGGGGAAAUCAUCAGGAAUGUGAAAAAACUGGAAGAAGAAGGAUGGCUGGAAGGGGAGCUGAAUGGCAAGCGGGGCAUGUUCCCAGAUAACUUUGUGAAGGAAGUUAAGAAGGAUGUAGAGCCCAAGGAUGAUGCCCUGCCACUCAGAAGGGAGAAAUCUGGCAAUGUAGCAAGCCUUGUGCAGCGUAUUUGCACCUAUGGGCUUCCAGCAGGAGGAAUUCAGCCUCAUCCGCCGUCCAAAAGCUUCAAGAAGAAGCCCAAGAAGCGGCAGUGCAAAGUGCUCUUCGAGUACCUCCCGCAGAACGAAGAUGAGCUGGAGCUCAAGGUUGGGGAUGUGAUUGACAUCAGUGAGGAGGUAGAGGAAGGCUGGUGGAGCGGAACACUGAACGGCAAGUCGGGGUUGUUUCCUUCUAACUUUGUGAAAGAGCUGGAAUUGGCAGAUGACGGAGAAACACAGGAUGCUCUGGAUGAUGCAGAGCCUGUUUUCAGUGGUCCUACCUCACCUGUGGCCUCUCCUGGGAAUGAAAAUGAGCCUGGAUCUGGACCAGCACAGCCAAAGAAAAUUCGAGGUGUUGGGUUUGGAGAUAUCUUUAAAGAAGGCUCAGUUAAGCUUAAGACAAGAUUAUCCAGUAAUGAAUCAGAGGAUAAAAAGCAAGAUAAGCCAUCACCUAACCAUCCUCCUGGCUCAAAGCUCGCUCAUUUUCCUCGCGUAGCAAAAAUGGAGAACUCGUCAGAGGCACCGAAGUCAGAAGCUGAAGGCAAACCAAAAGCCAAGGAGUAUUGCAGGACAAUAUUUCCCCAUGAAGGUGUAAAUGAUGAACUGAGUUUUAAAGAAGGAGAGAUUAUUCAAAUUAUCAGUAAGGACACUGGAGAGCCAGGCUGGUGGAGAGGAGAACUCAAUGGUAAAGAAGGAGUCUUCCCUGAUAAUUUUGCUGUUCAAAUACAAGAAUUUGAUAAAGACUUCCCUAAGCCAAAGAAACCUCCACCUCCAGUGAAAACUCCAGCACCCAAGCCUGAAUUGCCCACUGGAGAGAAGAAAUUCCCUUUGAGGUCUGAAGAAAAAGAUGAAAAAGGAGCUUUGGAUCAGAAGCCUUUGAAGCCACAUGCUCCUCAAGUACCACCCAAGAAACCAUUUCCUCCAAGCAAGUCUAACAGCUUACUGAGAGCGGGGAUUCUGCAACUAAAACGUCCAGAAAAGCCUGUUUUGCCAUCAUCCGUAUCCAAAUCUAAUGGAGAAGUUGUUCAUCUUCGACCAAAAUCUGAAAUCGAGCCAGUAGCAAAACCAAAGUUGGACUCUGAACAGUUACCAGUGAGACCAAAAUCAGUAGAGGUAGAUUCACUUGUGGUAAAGAGCUCUCGAGAAUCAGAUCUGCUAAGCUUUGAUGAUGUAAUAGCUACCUCAGACAACCUGUCGCAUCCCACCGCCAGUCGGCCCAAGAUGCCCGGCCGCAGGCUGCCCACGCGCUUCCACUGCGGCAGUGCUGCGAGUCAAAAUGACAGUCCAGAAAAAAAUUUGAAGGUGCAGAAGGAAGAAGAAGAAAGUGCCAAACCAAAGCCAGUUGAAAUGAGAAAGCCUUCUGUGAUGAGUUCAUCAGUUCCAUCUUCAUCUCAGAGACCAAGUUCUGUCAUCCUCAACUUUUUUCCUGGAGAAACCCAACCUAAAGUUGAAACGGAUAAUUCACAGGCUUCUGUGGAAGAGCUCAGGGCUCAGAUUCAUGAUCUGAUGAAUUUAGUGGAUGCACUGAGAAAAGAACACGGGAGAGAACUGGAAAAACUAAAGAAGGAUUUGGAAGAAGAAAAGCUGAUGCGAAGUAAUCUGGAGCUUGAAAUAGAAAAACUGAAGAAAGCAGUGAUGUCUACAUGAUGCGCCCAUGGACUGGAUGUCUUCAACUUGCCAGGAAUGCAAAGCUGAACACGAGUAGAACUGACUCCCUUAUUUCUCAUUAUGGAUGCUGGAGUUCUACAGUCUUAAGGAAAUAUAGUGCAACAAAGGAAUAUAGUCUUUUAUUCAGAGAUAAAAAACAGAAGAGAAAAAUGGUGUAAUUUUCUUGCCAAUAUAAAAGAGGCCUUAUUUCUUACUGUGCUGGAAUUGCAGACCUUUAUUUUUUUGGUUUGCUUGACAAUACUACUGAAUCUGUAUAAAGAGGAGAGGGAAUUCUUAAUAGAUUUUUAUUGAAUAUCUGUAGCUUAAUUUUUAAAGAGAUCUAUGCUAUAAAUAGGGUGAUCUAUCUUCACAAGUAAUCUGUACAAUAGUCCCUUGGGAGGGACGGGAUAGCUGCAUGGGAAUUGGAGUCACUGUUUUCCCCCCGCGUGCGAAAGGGAACAGAUGCUGUUUGUGUAUCGCAGUGCUGGCGGCCUCACGCGGCGUUGUGCUGUGCGCCUCUGCUGUUUGUCAGCUGGGCCACGAGGCACGAGUUCCUCCAAGCCACGGCUGGGGGGCAGCCCUGUGCUGAGAAGGGCCGAGCGCAGCGCAGCGCUUCAGCGGAACGUUUUGUCACUUGCACUAUUGGAUUAAAAAGGGAUUUGGGACUGAGUCACAAAGGCGCACCGAAAUGAACUCUUCGAGGUCACGAGAGGAAGAGAUGCAGAAAGGAGGCUGGGAUCUGCUCUGAACCGAACCCGUUGUGCCUCAAGUACUGCAGCACGCGACGUGGGAGGUAAACCUGCGCUCACAGGGUCUGUGCUUUGCGUAUCUGAACUGAUGUCAUCAGUCUUUCCAGUGGCUGAAUAUGCAUUGUGAUCUGUUUUUACAGUACUCGAUUUUUGUUUAUAAUAUGGCUCAAAAUAAAUCACUUGAACUUUGAUACUCUCAAAAGGUCUCAAUAUUUAUGUGUUUAUGCCAUAGACCUUCCCAGUACAUUGUGACCCUCUAAAUUUAAUCACAUCUGUCCUUAGUGAGUGGUCGGAGCAGCUGCUGUGACAGCACCGUGCUGGUGUCCACAAAGCAGCUUUCGCUUUUUGCAUGGACAAAAGCUGUAGUCUUGUUGAUUGCCAUUAUCUCUAAGUGCAGGGCUCAGCACAGUGCACCAGGACGAUAAAGCAGUGGUGUGUGGUUGUGGGACACGAUUGGACCGAUUGCUCUGUUCACUUGAUAAAGGGUUAAAACAGCUGUAUAAUUAAAAAAGCCCACUGCACUCCUCCUGUUAGUGAUGGGUAACAGCCUUCCCCUCCUUUCACGUGGCAGAAUUUACGUGACAAAGACAUCAUGUUAGUUUGGCAACUUUAACAAUAAGAGAAAUAAGUUUCUAUUCGCGUGAAUAGUCAUAAAUGUAGUAACUAUUUCUUAUGUCACUGAUAAUGUGGAAGUGCUGAUUCUUGAGAACAUGCUCUUUCCACAGCUGCAUAAAAUCACAGAAUCCCAGAAUGGCCUGGGUUGCAAAGGCCCACAGCGCUCCUCCAGUCCCAACCCCUGCUGUGUGCAGGUCGCCAACCAGCAGCCCAGGCUGCCCAGAGCCACAUCCAGCCUGGCCUUGAAUGCCUGCAGGGAUGGGGCAUCCACAACAUCAAACUUCCAUCAACAUCCAUUAACACCAAACAUGCAAACACCCAUACGUCGAUUGGAGUGGCUGACUGGCAUUCCUCAUUGGAUUUGUGAAUAUGCUGUGCAGGUAUUUAGGUAAUGUGUACAGGCACACUGCUGAUUAGCUGACUCAGUAUCAGUGCUUUUAACUGUCAGUUGCUUAGAGGCAUCACCAAUGGAGACUCGGGGCAAUCUGUGUGCUGAUGCACUGCAUGCAGCAGCCGUGCUGUUUGUCAGACACUGAGCUCUUCCCUGCAGCUCGGACCUGUGGGACAGAUGAUGGAGAACAGGAAUUGUGCUGAAUGGAAGAGUGGGCUUUGUCGUAUGAGCUCCUCACUGUGACUGCAGAAUGAGGCAGACCUGGUAUUGGAUUGCUCCACAAGUGUGUGUGUGUGGUGUGUGGGACAGAAACGGGACAGGGCGAUCAGUGACGAUCACAAAUGAAAGAUGUUUAUUAUUGAAUGGUCUUUGUUCACUGUAGCAAUAAAUGACCCAAGUGCAAUGACUUGAUUUAAUAAAGCCCUCUUGUAAAAGUUGCUGCUGGGAGUGUGUUUAGCCUUGAGGAAGUUGCCCUAAUGUAUGUCUGUAUUGUCUUCAGCUCCUGUUAUGUACUGGAGAGGAGGGCCUUGCUUUGAAGAC